GGUUUGUUCCAGUACCAGGAGAAACUGGAAGUACUCGGGAGCAAACAGGGAGAAAAUCGUUCCCGUACUAUCUUCUUCUCUUUUUUCUUCUUCUGGUGGCAAAGCGGAGUGAAAAGAAGCAAGAUUUUUUUGCUCCGGAGCAACAGGGAGUAACUUCCAUGUACUGGAACAAAGCUAUUGUUUUGUUUCGGCAUCCUGCUACAAUUUUGAGAUCUGUUCUCCUUGAUUUGUAAUUUAUUUAGCAUACCUAUACAAAACGCUGGUGCUUUGUAAAUUCUUACGGUGAAUCGGUUUAUUAACGCCAUGAAUGAUCCUAACAGAAAGAUCGUAAUAGACAAAUCGUCGCUUCUCAGUUUAAAGGCGGAACUGUUACGAAAACAGGAAGAGGUGAGUCGCGCAAAAGCUCUAAAUUCUAUCGAUGACUUUGUCCCAAAAAGAGUUCCCAAAUCGGAACAUCCCACCAGUGGUAGUUUAAAGGAUAAAAACAAAAAUUCUGCAUCCGCCGAAAGUGGGAAAGCUGUGGAGCUAGAAGAUUCAGCCGCACUAGAACGCUCGAAGAGAGUCCUCAAGGCAAAGGCUCGUUAUUAUGAUCGUAUGGUGGCUUCCGGUGGAUCGCUGAAUAGUGAUGAAAAUUGUCUGGUAAUGUUCAACCACAAGAAGCAAUCAGGUAAACCGUCCCCUAUCAAUGACUACGGUGGAAGUUCCGAUGAAUCGAAUCUGUCAUCGGAUGACGAGGGCCGUAAGAAGGCAGGAGACGGGGAUUGGGUUGAAUUUACUGAUUUCUUGGGACGAAGCCGCAAAUGCCGCCGAGAAGAGUUGGAUGAAUGUAUCCGGAAAGAUAAAGAGCAGGCACAGGCAACAGGCCCUCGCGAGGGUCAACAAGAACAUCCAGGCGAUGAUACAGAUGAAGAGGGUGAGAUCAUCGGACCGGUGCCUUCGAUGGCUAUUACGGAGGACACUAUUGGUGAUCGGUUUCGGGAGAUGCGGGAACAGUGGGCUAAACAAGAUGCUGAAAACCUGGAGAAAGAUUCUGUAACUUAUCAGGAUGUGCUCUUCGAUGAGGCCCGCCAGCAUGGUGUUGGGUACUAUGCUUUCUCAACGGACCGAGAGGAGCGAACCCACCAACAGCAUGAGCUAGAUGCUCUCCGGGAGGCCACCAUAGACGCGCAAAAGGAGAAGGACGAUUUGCGCAAAGCACGCGACAAGAUAAUUGCCGACCGGGUGAAAGCGGCCAAGGCAAGGCAACGUGCGCGGCUUGGAUUACCACCGGAGGAGGAAGAGCCGCAAACGGAAGCUAAGGACGAGGAGCUGUACGAUACGACGGCGGAGAAGAAACGGCUAAAGGCGGAAGCCAAAGAAAAGAAAAAUAAGGAAAAGGAAGAAAAAAAGCGGAACCGUGAACGGCUGAAGCACGUUCGCCCCUGGGAUGAAGGUAAAGAGUUGGAUGAACAGUCUGAAUGGAAGCCCGCACGAGAAUGGCACGUCAUGUCCCAGGAGGAGUGGAACGAGAUGAAACGAAAGGAAAGAAUAAGCGAGUUUGCUCCACCUGUGGAAAAACCUACAGGUUGGGUGGAAUUGGUAAAGAAAAAUCCCCUGCUGCAAGCUUCGCAAAACGACGCAAAUGAUUCUGGGCCAAACGAUGAGGAAGAGGAUGAAGAUGACGAGGAACAGAUUGGUCCGCUUCCUCUGCAACGAUUCGAUAGCGCCGAAGAGAGAAUUGCUAAUAAUCCACUUUUGACAUCCGCCCAUGACGAAGCCGAAGAGAUCUACAUGCCGACAGUGCCAGGAAUGGAAAACCUCAUUCUACCGGAGGAAACUAACAGAACACUGUUUUUCACCACCAAGAAGAAAGAGUUUAAAAGAAGAAAUUAUGAUGCUUUUCUAGAGCCUGCUGGGACGGAGAAGCAGCAAAAGCUGCAGCAAAAUUCAAUACCGAUACGGAAUGAACUGAGCGAUAGUUCGGAGGAUGAGUGUGAACAUAAACAAUCUGCCGGCAUGGGAGUGCAAAUUCCGCCACCACCCACCUUCGACUACUACGGACCAACAUCAUCAUUACGAGCGAAGCCGAAUCCACGCCAACCACCGGUCACGAAAACUGCUCUGGAGGCAUCGAUUGAAGCCGGACUGAAGUUUUUGCGGAACCAGUCGGACAAGGGGGGCCCCAGCAUAGCAACUAAGAAUAAGUGGACGACCAAUGCGGACUAUUGAGUUGGACGGAUUCUGGAUCUUGGGUCGCCACUCUUCAGUCUGCACAUCUGCUGCAUACAAAUUUUUCCCGAUAAGCUUGUACAGAACUUGACUCAAAGUGCGAUGGAAUUUCCGUUCAGUUUCACGGGAUU